AACAUUUUCAACAGCUACGACCUCUUCUCUUCCCGUUUGCAUCGCUUGCUUCAGCAUAUAAGUACAACCCAAAUGAACCUCCGACCUCCAUAACCAAACCCACUCCAAUUCUCUUUCAAUCCUCUCAAGAACCAUCAAAUUCACACCCUUGAACCACACACACAAAAGAUUAACAGCAACACAAGACUUGUCACCUUCAUUAAUGGCUGCUUUGCAAGCUUCCUCUCUCUUAGUUUCUUCUUCUUCUUCCUCUUUGGGUUGUUCUUCGAAGAGAACGAUCGCCGCUUCGAUCCAUGUCCCGAAGCCCUCAAAGCUCAGCCUUGCUGAUCCGAGCGCUGUGAUCACGAGGAAGCUAGUCGAGGAAUUGAGAACCAGGAAUGGUUACCCCUUCGCGGAGCCGCUACGGAUGGACGUCGCCCGGAAAGAUAGGGUUUUGGAGCCGCGCCUAUCGCCCAAUUCUUCUAUCGAUAAGACCGCAAAGCUCUAUGCAAUCUUGGAGGCCGUCGAAGAUAGAGUGGAGAUGCACGAUAACAUCGGUGAGCAGCGAGACAACUGGAACAAGCUCCUGUUGAACUCGGUCAACAUGAUGACUCUCACUGCCACAACCAUGGUGGCCAUGGCUGCGGCUGCGCCGGCUCCGUCGCUGAGAGCAUGCUCGGCUCUCUUGUUUACUGCGGCCACUGGGAUGUCACUCGUGAUGAGCAAAAUCCAGCCCUCGCAGCUGGCCGAAGAGCAACGCAAUGCUUCGAGGUUGUUCAAGCAGCUCCAGAGCGAGAUCAAGUCGAUUCUUGCGCUCCAAUCUCCGUCUGAGUCAGACGUAAAGGAGACGAUGGCAAAGGUUCUGGCCCUUGAUAGGGCUUAUCCGCUGCCUCUGCUCGGAGCGAUGCUCGAGAAGUUUCCCGCAAAAUUUGAGUCUGCCACAUGGUGGCCUAAGGUUUCCAACAACCGCCGCCAAUCCCGAGGACGGAAAAUCAUUGCGAACACCGAGCAAAAUGGAUGGAGCAAGGACCUAGAAGUUGAGAUGAGAGCGAUCGUCCAAGUCCUCAAGAACAAAGACAAGCAAGACUACUUGAUGCUUGGGAAUCUGGCGCUAAAAUUGAACAAGAUAUUGGCGGUUUCAGCUCCUUUGCUAACCAGCAUGGCCGCGGCUGGCUCGGCCUUCGGUGGCUCGACGGCCACGACGGUGGCGGCCAUCACGGGUGCGAUGGCAGCGAUCAUCAACGGCUUUGAGCAUGGAGGUCAAGUCGGCAUGGUCGUGGAGAUGUACAGAAACUGCACGGGGUUCUUCGGGCUAAUGGAAGAGACGAUCGAAGCAAUGCUCGAAGAGCGAGACUACAGCAAGAGAGAGAACGGAGAGAUGUUCGAGAUGAAGGUGGCGAUGAAGCUGGGCCGGAGCUUGUCGCAGCUCCGAGACUUAGCAAGAAAAUCAAUAGCUUCUUGCAUAGAAGGGACUGAGGUGGAUGAGUUUGGAAGCAAGCUUUUCUGAACUCCUUUGAACAAAGAUAUGCAGUGUACAUAUAAUACACGUACAAUGAGGCUCAUCAAACGUGAUACUUUCCUUCUUUAAUUCUUGGUGCAUAUUUCAUGUACAUUUUGUGGCAGAGAAAGAAAUAUGAUCCAAGUAUCAAAAUCACUAUUUCCCUUUUAAUUAUUGAAAUGGAUAUAUGCUUUGACCUUAGCUUAAUACAA